AUGGCCGGAGCGCGCGAAGGAACUCGACUGGCGAGGGCGUUGCGCCCGGGGCAAUUGCCUCUGCGGACAGCGCCUACAUGCGCUCGACGCUUCGCCUCCAGCGCCGCGGAAGCGGCUUCGAAACCGGCCGAGCUGAACGACCUCGAGGACACCACCGCUUUCACUGCGCCGACGCCAGAUGCCAAGACUGCGCAGGCUUUUGCUGCCGCCCGCAGCCAAAGCGCAAGCGAGACGAAACUCCCAGGCAACCGCUAUCAAUACCAUCCUCCCAAGUACUACCGCGGUCCUCUUCACCCGGUGCAGAUGCCCCCCUCGUCCGAUCCGACCGCUCGAGACUUCGUCCCGGGUCCGUUCAGCUUCCCUAGGAUGAAGCACACAUACGACAGCACCAUCGCUCCCGACCUGCUCACCCUCACCUACACCCACGUUCCUCCCGGCACGGUGCCAGUCGAGUCGCAAAAGGGCACACUGAGGGAAUGGGAUGACUCUUCCCCGUACCACAAGAACCGUCCGCGGCGAGGCCCCCGUGGUGGUGGCUCCUCGCGGCUCGGCAUACUCGAGCGCAAGAUUACCUGGAACAACAUUCCCGAGAUCGAGGCCGUCACCAUCAACUCGUACGCACCGCUUGCCGCGGACAACAAGGAAUACCUGCACGUCGCGCGAGCCGUCGUCCAGGCCAUUUCUGGCGCGUACCCCGAGGUAACCACGGUCAAGCACCAUGUGAUUCAAUGGGGCGUUCGCAAGGGAGACAAGGCUGGCGCCAAGGUCACGCUGCGCGGCGGCGCCGCCUACGACUUUGUCGACAAGCUGGUCACGCUGGUUUUGCCCAAGAUCAAGGACUGGCCGGGGAUCAAGGCAACCACCGGUGACGAUGCGGGCAACUUGGCCUUUGGCAUGAAGCCGGCGUGGAUGGCCUAUUUCCCGGAGAUUGAGUUCAACUACGACAUGUACCCGGCCAAGCUGAUGCCUGGUUGCGACAUCUUCAUCCACACCACGGGCACCUCGGACAGGCAAGGACGUCUGCUGAUGGAGGCGCUAGGCUUCCCGUUCUACGGCAAGGUCACGCAUUGA